AUGGAGGAGGCGCUAUUACUUCCUGCGGCGACGAUCAAGGGCACUUCGCCUUUUGAGCAGGAGAAGGAGAAAGACCGAACCUGCCCCAGGUGUGGCAAAGUGCUGACCACUCGAGUUGCGCUCCACAAACAUCUCAACAAAGUUUUCUUGUGCGACCGCAAGGGCGAGCGCAGAUACAAGGAAGAAAUGCGGCAGCUGAACGGCGCGAACCACUGCAAGAAGUGCGGCAAGAACUUUACCACUGCUGCGGGUCUCCGCUAUCACUGGGCAAAAGUCACCCCCUGUGACUCGCCAAAGCUGCAGAAGAAGGUCACCGCCAAGAAGAAGGCCAAGUCCCCGAGGCAAUUCCUCAAGUGUCCCAAGUGCCAGGCAACGUUCUCAAGCUCGCAGAACCUCCGACUGCAUCUGAGUCGACUGAAUCCGUGCGACAACUCGGAGCCCAAGCAACACGACCCCGGCAACAAGACGUGCCCCAAGUGCAACACGACGUUUACCAGCGCUCAAAGCCUUCGACUUCAUCUGACUCGACUUAUUCCUUGCGAUGCAGAGCAGCCUUCAGGAGCGAAAAUGGAUUGGGAAAUCUGCCACAAGUGCCACAAGAAGUUCGCCAGCGAGCGCAGCCUCAAUAUUCACCUAAACCAGCGGGAGUGUGACGGAAAGUCAUCGUCUUCGCAGUCCCACAGGAUCAAAAAGGCGAGCAAGACGCUCGAUCUCUCAAGACCAAACAAAGCUACGCCGGCCAAGGCAUCACUUGAUGAAUACUUGCAGAAGGCUUCUUCUCAUAGGAGUAAAGAGUCAGAAGCGCCAGCUCAAUCCAAGAAAGACAAGCAUCAAGCUAAGGAAGCGCCUUUGGCAAUUCGCGCUUCAUCGGCAGAUCGUCACCACGAGAGCCACCAUAGCGAAGAAGUUGCCACAAAUAAUGGCAUAUCUAAACGGAAACGGAAUCCUGAAGGGGGGAGGGAGGACAUGUCUCCACUGGGCGAGGCUAAUAAGCGCGUCUGUACUGACCCUAAGUCAUUCGCUGAGUUGGCAGCUCGGAUAGCCAAGACGGAUUCGUCGACUCAAACUGGAGCAAGUGAUGAGCAGAGUAUCAAACACGGAGGUAACAUACUGACGGAUGGAUGCUGCUGUCGCGAGUGCGUUCGCAAAUGGACCCGGAAGAUGAUGAAUCGUAUGAGUCACAUGAAUGAUGAAGUGACGAACCUGCGAAAGCAGGUGAAGCUGCGUGAUAAUUCUACUGGCUUGAACUCAGAAGUGGCUAAAGCAAAGUCCCCUACUUCUGCUUUGAACCAUGUUGGAACUGUAUCCAGUCCGAAGGUGAAGAAAGAAUCUGCGACGAAAGGUGCCUCCACGAUUGUUAGCAAAACUAAAGUGGAGGCUUCAACUAGUGGGCCUACUUCCUGUUCGAUAUUGCCGAAGGACCCAGUGAAGCUCAGUCUGACUGAGAAGUACAACCACCUGAACGACCAGAUCAUCACAAACGAGAGAGCUCUCGAGGAUUCUGCCGCCUACCUGAAGGAAAUCUCGGGAGUCGACGAAGCCAGUACUACGGAGUUACGCUCUCAACUCGACGAGUUACGUAUCUACAUCGACGUCGAGAAGGGGAAGCGGGAUGAAGUGGUCGCGUCGAUUAUCGCCCAGCGGUGGAGCGCUAAGCGCAACGAGUUCCGACUCUUGUUGGAGAAUAUGGCGGUCAAGAGCAAGCCUUACGCUGAGAAAGCUUUCCACGAAGAGUGCGCGGAGAUCGCGAGUCUACUGGAAGAGAAGAACAAAGUGCUGGCGAAGCUGGGAGGGCUGAUCGGGGUGGCCGGGCUGAACGCUGGCAAGCUAUCCAGUAGUGGGAUUGGAAUUCCAAAGUACGCAGUGGAGAAAACUACGAAGAGUUUCCUCGAGCGCCAACGCGACGACGUGUUCAUGUGUCUGCUGAGAUCCAGCCCCCGUAUUUAUUUGCUGACCAAGGAAAAACUAGUGGAGGCUACGAGAUAAGAAGGGAAUUGGUGGUUGAUAAUGGAGAAAACUUCAUUUG